AUGGCUGCCAUGUUCUUGAGGUGUGGCUCCCACCCCCUAUCGGCCGCGGAAAUCCCACCCACCCACCGUCCAAGCCCAGCCUCCAGGAAGCCUCCCUCAACUGCACACUGCGCCAAGUGUCUCCUGUGGCGGCCUCCGGGUCCCACCAGAGACUCGCAGCCAGUCACGGAGAUGCACAGUAUGACCCAGCAGCAGUGGGACCCUCAGGCCCAGGACGCAUCUGGGCUCCAGCCCAUGUGGUUUUCAGAGGCCGAACCAGAAGGAGGAGCCAGUUCAAGCUUUCAACUGGGAGAUGCGACUGGCCAGUUCUCUUCUUCAUCCUUGCCCAACAGAGAAGUCUGGUCAUUCCUCAAAGCCAUUCCUCCCAUUCCAGAUGAGGCAGUGGUCAAGCGGAAGUGCCCACGUGGUUCCUGGAGGGUUGGCACGCUCCGCCAUGGGAAGCGAGUCAACGCCAUUGCUAUCAGCAGCGCUCCCCGCCAUGUGUACACGUGUGGCACUGGCUACAUCAGGGUGUGGGAUGAGGAUGCGCUGCAUGCCUCCGACAGGGCACCUCAGGCCCAGCUGGACUUUCAGGACCCCCGGAAUCGUGUCCUUGCCUGCAAGCUGUUCCCCGAUGAGCAGAGUCUCAUCACAGGGGGAAUGGCCAGGGCUCUGACUCUUUGGGACCUGGCGCCCACCCCCCAGAUCAGGGCUCAGAUGGCCUCCACGGGCCCCAUAUGUUACUCCUUGGCUCUUUCCUCUGAUGCUCACAUCUGCUUGGCUUCCUUCAAAGGAUUCGUGGAGAUUUGGGAUGUGCAGAACCAAAUCUUGAUCAGGAAACAUGAAGUCCCUCCCUACGGUUCCCGCUGUGUGGACAUCACAGGCUUUAAGUUCUGGACAGGUGGUGAAGACACCACCCUAUAUUCCUGGGACCUGAGGAGCUACCAGAAGCUGCAGCAACACAACUUAUGCCAUGAGAUCCUUAGCAUUACCCACGACCCCAGUGAGGAAUGGGUGCUAGCUGGCUUGAAGAUGAGCGACAUCGUCAUCCUGCAUGCUCACCGGGAGGAGAAGUAUAAAGCUGUUGUCCAGAGAUACACACAACAUCACAACCUCAAGUUCGCCUCCUGCGGGACAUAUUUCAUGGCCACCCUGGAUGAGAUGAUUCACUGCUUAGCUGCACCCUCUCUAAGAAGGCUAUUCCAGGCAGAGGAAUGCUAUGACAUUCUGUGCUGUGACGUGUCCUCUGAUAACCGGUAUCUGGUCACGGGUUCCAAGGAGAGUGCCACAGUAUAUCAGCUCUUAUAUUGA